AUGGAAGAAGAUCCACAAAACGACCACAUGAUGAAACUACUUAUACUCCUCCUCUUUGCUGCUACAGCGGCUCAUGCAUGGGAAGAGAUUUUCCAUCCACCAUUCCUGAAGGGUCUCAGACGGACUGCUCGAGACGAGUACUAUAAAAUCCUUUUCAACAAAUCAUUGACAAUGGCUCAGCAGGAGAAGCGGAUCAUUGCCUGGGCAAAGAAACAUCACGUUGAGAGACAAGCACUCGCUUUCUUCACUAAGAAGGCGCAGCACAUGGAAGAAAUGACGCGGAAAUUCACGAUGCUGAUCAAUGAAUUGCCAAAAGCUGUCGCACAUCUGACCAAAAUAAUAGGGAACAAAAAACAGACGUUCCUAGAAAUGAUGAAGACCAUACACGAGUUGAAGGCCAAAAAUCCAGUGGUUUACAGAAUUCUGAAGUUUGCCAUGGAAGAGUCUGUGCAUGAUUAUGGUGCACACGACCAUCCUUUUGUUCUACCUGAUCCACCAUUUCCACCACAUGAU